GGGCCCCAUUGUGAGCCUCCCGAGACCUGGCUGACAGCACAGGGAGUGGGGAGGGAAUCAAUCAUCUGCUCAACCUCACCGCCGUCUCGUGCUCUAUGCCGGGGGAAGGCCUGUCCAACACAGCAGGUGGAGGGGGUCGCGAGCUGAGUGAGACGAGAUGCCCAAUCAGACGGCCAAGAUAGCAGAGGCACGGAUGGCCGUGGAGCAGCUGAAGCUGGAGGUCCACAUCGACAGAAUGCAGGUCUCCAAAGCUGCAGCUGAACUCCUGGCGUAUUGCGAGGAACAUGCCAAGGAGGAUCCCCUCGUAACUCCCGUCCCGAACGCUAACAACCCCUUCCGGGACAAGGGAAUGUGUGCCAUCCUGUAGAAUGGCCUCACCUACCUGCACCCCACCCACACCCCCUCCGAUCUCUGCCCACCUCGGGAUACAAGGGGUUUGAUCCCAGGCCGUCGAGAGACGGAGGGUCACUGACUAUUACCGCAAGAGAGGAAGAUCCAUCGUCAGUUCUAGAACUGAGUACAAUUAAAACGUCAU